AUGACUUCAACUUUUAUGACAAUACAACAAAGCAUGCACAGCAUGUCGACGUCCGCGACGACAAUGUCAACAUAUGGAAUAAAUUACUUCAACGAAUCUUCGUCGUCAGGAGAAUUUUCUGACGGAUAUCAAAGUUCAAUAUCGCCGGUGGCAUCGCCUAAUUCAGGGUAUUACAGUUAUCAGCCGGAAAGUUUUGAAUACGCACCAUCCUACUCGUCCAAAAAGAGCUUCAAUUAUCAAAAUGACUGCUCUUAUUACCAACAAAUGACUUCUAAUUUCUCGGCAUCUUCGUGUUCAUUUAAAAACAUGCCAAAUCAAGUUGAUUGCUCACAAAACUCAUACAAAUUAAACGUUCAAAUUAAGCCAUUCAUCAAGACGACAGAAUCAACGAAUAUUUGCAAACCAUCGGCGCCACAGAAGCUUCUCAAAAUUAAUCGAUUUGUACAGCAAUUUAAUCAGCAACAUGAAACUCUCAGUAAGAAGUUUAUUGAAGAGAAAGAUAAUCAGGUGGCAAAUUUAUCAACUCCACCACCACCACCGGAAAUUCUAAAGAAGCGACGUGUGGCUGCAAAUGCCCGAGAAAGGCGACGAAUGAAUAAUUUAAACUUUGCUUUCGAUAGAUUGCGAGACGUUGUACCAAACUUGGGUAAUGACAGAAAAUUAUCGAAAUUUGAAACACUUCAAAUGGCACAAACUUACAUAUCUGCUUUAAACGAAUUACUGACGAGAGAAUAA